UCAGCAGGAGGUGGAGCCAAUACGGGCUGUAUUUGUAUGUUUCCACUGCCAAGGAAACCAGCUGAGCCUCUCUUACGCAAACACUCCCAAACACACACGCUCCCCAGACAGGAAGAGGAUACCUGCCUGGUUUGAGCUGGCCGGGAAGUGUCAGAUCUAUCAAGGAAAGGAGAGAUUUGAACGGCAAGCAUCACAGCCGCUGGAAGCACAGUUUUUUAAAGUGUGGCAGAAAUCCUUCUGCACUGAACUGUAAAGAAGACGUGAAAACCGUGGAUUUCAAUAUUUCUUUUCGGCCCCUGUGUGAUCAGAUGUUACAGCUUCUGGGUCACCAGUGAUGUGCUUCAGUUGACUUUCCUCAAGGCACUGGCUAUGUUCACGCCCAAGAGAGGUAGCCUUCCCUCACCCAGCCUGGAGGACUCCUUCUUUCCUCUCUCAUCCUCGUCCUCGGUCUCGCUCUCCUUUGGGCUCCCCUCCUCGGCGUCGACUCCUGGUAAUGACAGCGGAGGAGGGAUCGAGACUGACCUGAUAUUGGCUGCGGAGCUUGGUCAGGCUUUACUGGAGAAAAAUGAGGAGCUGGCAGCCUCUCUGGAGCUGAGGACCAAGGAGAUUGAGACCUUACAGCAGGAGAAACAUGUCCUGCAGAGGAAGCUGGAGAUGAAUGAGCUGGCGUCUGGGCAGAGAGAGGCAGAGCUCACUGCCGAUUUAGCGAACCUGAGUGCUCAGAUGGAGAAACACCACAGCCAGGGGAGAGACCGGCGGAAGGACGAGACCGAGCAGAUGAGCCAGCUGGCCAAUCACAACCAGCGGCUGGUGGAGCAGCUUGCUGAGGCCGUGACCGUGGAGCACGCCUUGAGGACUGAGCUCCGGACCCUCAGGGAGGAAAUGGAGGAAUCAUCGUUCAGCAGAAACAUCAGCUUCACGCAGUUAGAAAGCAUUCAAGCUGAGAACAGAGUUUUGCAGGAGCGUCUGUCACACAUGGAGAAACAACUAAAAGCUUCACAGGACGACAGUCAGAGGCUUCGCAUGGAUAAGGAAGGGCUGAGAGACAGACUGUCCGAGCUUCAGAUCAAACUGAAAGAAAAAGAAGCGGAGAUAGCGCAGGAGCAAGGGGUGGUGUUUGAGUUGCGCACCUUGAAUCACUCUCUACAACAAAAAGCUCUGAACCUGGGAGAAGAGAGCGUCCUGGACAGUACUUACUCACAGCCUUUAUCUCUGCUUAGUGAAAUUCAACAAACACAGGCCAAAGACGCUCUCUUAGCUCACUCCACAGUCCUGCAAGCAAGAGAUGAGGAAAUUCAAGCACUCAAGGAAGAACUCCAAACGAGACAAGAGGAAUUAGACGCUCUGCGGGAGGAAAUCAGGCCUUUUGUUGAUAAUCCCGGAAAGCCGAGCUACAGUGCUCUGGAGAGCGAACUGGCCACGGUCCGUCAGGAGAAGGAGUCCCUGACUCAGCAACUUCUCAACACCAUCAAGCACAAGGUGGCGCUGUCUCAGGAGCUGGACGCCUGGCAGGAGGACAUGCGUUUGGUGAUCAACCAGCAGGUGCUACAAAGGGAGGAAGACAGGAAGAAUGAACGAGAGAGAGAGAGAGAAAGAGAGAGCAGGGCCGGACUCCAAAGAAGCAAGUCCUUGAAAGUGAAAGGAGAAGCAGGGAAAAGCUUCUUCUCCUUUUUCAGAGACAAGGCAGUUUAAACGGACUGCAUCCGCCUUGCUCGAAGGCACUCCGGGGUCUUGUUGCCAUAAUGGACACUCCACCAUUGCACCAGCUUAAAAAUGAAGUAAUGUUUACACAAAUAUUAAAAUUGUAUAUAGAACUGUACAGUAUAUUAGUAAAUUCAGUCUUCAUAUAGAUGUAUAUAUUUCAACUGUCGAUUCACAGUUGUGUCUGUUUUACAAUCGAUUGUUUUUUAUUUCUAAGAUUUUAUUUUUUUCUCCGAUGUUCUCCAAAAAAAAAGAAACUAUUUUACAGAUGGUGUGUUACGGCAUAUGAAGUUACUGAAAAACAGAUUUGCACAAAGCUGGAAAAUGAAACACGUCCAGUUCAAGCUGCUUAAAUUCAAAGAAUUGGUGAAUGUGUUCAUGAAUAUACAAAAAAAAAAAAGAGACCGAUUUGACCAUUAUAGAGGCAGCGUUUGGUUGCAUAUAAAAGGUUAAUUUAAU